CGAUCAAAUCAAAAGCAAAAAGGCAUUCUACACGCAUCAUAUCAUACUAGUCCGCACCGACACGGAAAGCGAGAAUGUCGACGGCGCUCGUGUCCGCAUUUUAUGAUGUAAACGAUGUUGUUUACAAGAAUAACAGAAAUCUGAACACCAACACCUUCGACUUCAGACAUAGAAAUACUGAUCGCCGUGUAGUCGCUCCUCCAAGACGACAUUCGACUAACUCUUCUACCACAAGGCAGACUUCUUCAAACCUCAUAACAUUAUCUAGUCUAACGAGUAAGCCACGAGAACGUUCGUUGAGUCUUAGCACAACGGCUUCGAUUCAGGCUGACGAAGACCAUAGAAGAAACAGUCAAGGUUCGAGCCGCUACAAGACUGAACUUUGCCGACCCUUUGAAGAAAGCGGGACUUGUAAAUAUGGCGAUAAAUGUCAGUUUGCUCAUGGUGUACAUGAGUUAAGGCAUCUCACUCGUCAUCCUAAAUAUAAAACGGAGCUCUGCCGUACUUUUCACACCAUUGGUUUUUGUCCUUAUGGGCCAAGAUGUCAUUUUAUACACAACGCAGAAGAGAAGCGCGCCCCACCUCCCAACAGUCCCCGUUCGCCUCCACCACUAUCGCCUUUAAAUGGACCUCCAUCUCCACCGCUUACUGAGCCAGCAUCGCCUUUAUCUACCUCGCUAACACCACCUUCGCCAUCACCUUUGUCUUUCUACAACGACGAGAGCCCACUUCCAAGCCCGAUAGAAAGCCCUCUACCUCUUCCAAUGUCCAACUCUCCAUCACUGAAUAAUGUCUUCAAGUUUCCAUCACCAACUUCUCAAGAUUGUGCUCCUGUGAUUUCACCAAACGCCGUCAGCUCGCCUCGUUAUACACCUUCAAUUUCUCUAAAACCAGUUGAAGAAGAGAGAGAUGAUCUUCCACCUACUCCUCCUGAUGCGUAUGAUGCGUUAGGCCGCCGUCGUCUCCCCGUGUUCAACACUCUUGGAUACAAAUAAGUAAGCUCAUCGACGACUUUGGACUGCACAGAGUCUAACAACACAUCGCCUAUUCAGCGUAAUGAUUAAACAAACAGAACAAGCCGCAGGACUGGUGAAUCAGUUAAGGACUUUUCAUGUUGAAAUAUUCUAAUUUGAAGCGUUAUUUUUUAUGAUCGUCUUGUAGGAAAGAAUAUAUAUAUAUAUAUUAUGCAUUUAUAUAGAAAACUAUUAGUUAUUUAUCGAAAAAAAAAGCCAUUGAAAAAAUUAACACGUACGAGAGCUUGUGUUAAACAUGGGUUCUCUGUGCUUGUAACUUUUGUAUGCUUUAUAUUUGUAAUAAUUGCUUAAUGUACAUUGAGGCUUUGGGAAUGGGUUCAUGGCUAUUUUAUAGGGCCACCUAACCGAUUCUACUAUAUUUAAUAUAUUAUUUAUUGUAACUUAUCAAUUGAACCGAAUAACAGUUAUUUUGUUACCAAUUUCUCAUACUCUCAGCCGAUAAGUUCUUUAUAUUUGUUUAGAAUCUCCCUAGAAUAUUGAUAAUUUCUUAAUAUAUGUAUUUACACGAACUUGAGGCAAGACAGAAUUUGGACUUGGAUAAUUUAUAUAAUAAAAAAAAACAUCGUCGUUCAGUUUAUUGUAAAUAAGUCAUAUACUCAUGGAUAAACGAAUCACACCACAAUCAUGUUGCUCUCAAGCUAAUUUUAUAAGAAAGGACACAGACAACUGUAGAGCAAUUUAUAAAUUUAUUAAAUUAAAAGAAGCGAUUUUUGAAUA